AUGGUGAAGCACAACAACGAAAUCCCCCACCAGCACUUCAAGAAGGAUUGGCAAGGGUACGUCAUUAUCUCCUUUUACGCCGCGUUUAUCGUUCGCGUCUUCGAGAACGCGCGUCGAAUAGCGUUCAUUUUCUCCCUUUUUUCCCUUUACGCGCGCGAACCCCGCUCACUCACGAAUUUUAAUCUAUUCUCUUAUUACAGGAACUGCUCGCAAUCUUUCGUGCGAACAUGGUUUAACCAAGCCGGUCGCAAGAAGUCCCGUAGAAUUGCACGCGAGAAGAAAGCAAAAGCUACCUUCCCGCGCCCAGUCUCUGGUGCUUUGAGACCGGCGGUCCAAUGCCCGACGCAAAGAUACAACUUUAAGCAAAGACUCGGCAGAGGUUUCACGCUCGAGGAGUUGAAAGCGGCUGGUAUCCCGAAAAAACUCGCCCCGACCAUUGGCAUUUGCGUCGACCACAGGCGAAAAAACAGAUCGGAGGAGUCUUUGACGACAAACGUGGAGAGAUUAAAGGCGUACAUGUCUAACUUGAUCCUCUUCCCGCGUAAGAACUCGAAGCCGAAGCACGGCGAUGCGGACAAGGCUACGAUCGCGGCUGCCACGCAGCACAAGGGUGCUACUAUUAUGCCGUUGGAGAAGAAGAAGUCUGGUGCGGUUGAGAUGGUCACGGUGACGGAUGAAAUGAAAUCCUUCAAGGCGUACCAAAAGUUGAGAACGGAGAUGAUGAACGUCUGGCAGGUUGGCCCGAGAAUCAAGAAGGCGGAAGAAGCGGCCAAGAAGGCGGAGGAGGAUGCCAAGCUCGCGAAGAUGAAGUAA